UCCGGCCGCUCCUAACCCACAUUCGCGGAAAGGGGCGUGCGACGACGGCGGCGGCGGAGGCGGCGAUGACGAGCCCGCCCGCCCGACACGCGAAAAACCGAUGACGUGCUCGUGCUGUUCAGCAACCGCCGACGACGAGAUGUUCUGCGUUAACUUCGCCAAAGCACUAUGCACAGAAACGUACCACAGCACUGACAUGCAGAUCUCGGAGGCGGCCGGCGGCGCCCCGGCGGCGGGGGCGGAGCCGUGCAGGUUCCCCAAGCUGGAGGAGUGCGCCCAUUUCCACUACGAGAGGGUGCAGUUGCCGAAGCUGACCAUCACGCUGCAGACGAACAUCGACCAGUCGUUGCAUUCGCAGCACACGAAUGACGACGAGGACAUGGACUGGUACAUGGUGCAGGUGACGUCGGGGGAUGAGUGCUGGUUGCUGCAGAGGAAUCUGGAGAACUUCAAAAUGCUGGACGAUCAGCUGCACCAGUGUAUCUACGACAGGAAGAUUUUUCAGCUGCCGGACUUGGCCAGGCUGGAGCUGGAGGACGAGGAGUUGGAGACGAAACUGCAAGCUUAUCUCGAAAGAUUCAGCGACAUCGCCGACAACUCCCUGAACUGCGGUCCGGUCCUGAACUGGUUGCAGAUGGACAACAAAGGUCACCGCCUCCUCGUCCCGAGCGAAGAAAGCCGCUCCAUCAACACCCCGGCGGUGGCGGCGGCCUACAGCGUCCGAAGAUACGUCUCCCAGGCCCGCGACGAGCUGAAUCUCGAAGUCGGCGACAUGAUCUCCGUAAUAGAUAUGGCAAGUCCGGGCGAAUCGAUGUGGUGGCGAGGCAAACGAGGCUUCCAGGUCGGCUUCUUCCCCCAGCACUGCGUACACAUAAUCGGCGACAAGGUGCCAAGGAACAUGCCGCUUCCGCCGCCGGUUGUCGGAUCGUUGGCUCUGACCCCCAUCAAGCCCGUGCUGAGGAAACACGGCAAGCUGAUCACCUUCUUCAGGAGCUUCAUUCUGAACCGGCCGUCGAGGAGGCGGCUGAAGCAGUCCGGGAUUCUGAAGGAGAGGGUGUUCGGCUGCGACCUGGGGGAGCAUUUGUUGAACUCCGGACACGAUAUCCCGAUGGUGCUGAAGUGCUGCGCGGAGUUCAUAGAGAGCCACGGGAUCGUGGACGGGAUUUACAGGCUGAGCGGGGUCACGUCCAAUAUCCAGAAGCUGAGGAACGCGUUCGACGAGGACAGGAUACCGAAUUUGUACACGGAGGAUAUCCUCCAGGAUAUACACUCGGUGGCGUCGUUGCUGAAGAUGUACUUCAGGGAACUCCCUAACCCCUUGUGCACCUAUCAGCUGUACCAGAGCUUCGUGAACGCGGUCCAGGGUUGCAACUCGGCAAUCCGGAACUCGGAGAGCGACCACGAUAGGUUACUGAAGAUGCGCGAGGCAGUGCAGAAACUUCCGCCGCCUCAUUAUAGAACCCUAGAGUAUCUCAUGAGGCACCUGGCCCGAGUCGCUAAGCACGGGGCCAACACGGGCAUGACCACCAGGAACGUGGCCAUCGUGUGGGCCCCCAAUCUCCUCCGUUGCGCCGAGCUGGAGGUGGGCGGGGUGGCGGCGCUGCAGGGGGUGGGAGUCCAGGCGGUUGUGACGGAAUUCCUAAUAUGCUACGCCCACUUGAUCUUCAGCGACCAUCUCCCGAAUUUAGAUCUUCCGAUUGCUGAGGUCGAGAAUAAUCAGUCGCCGAAGAAGUGUCGGCCGAAGAGUCUGGCGAUCUCGACGCCGACGAAGUUGAUCACGUUGGAGGAGGCGAGGACCAAGCAUUUGUUGAGCAAGAAUGAGGAGUGCAAUUACAUCGAGGUGGGCGGUGGCCCGAAGAAUCUGCCGAAGAAGUAUCAUACGGUCAUCGAGCUGCCGUCAGGUGGCAGGAAAAGGGGUCACACGAAGAGAUCACCCCUCGGCUGGAGGUCCCUCUUCUCCAAAGGAAGAAACAGCUCGCAAGGAAACCUUGCGAAACCCCGAAAAGCGUCGACCCCCGGUAUCAUAGUAACCGAUAAAGUGACUGAGUCCGAUCUGGCCGAUAUGAAGAGGAAGCUGAGGUCGGUCAAGUCGGCCGAGAGCUUGACGUCCGGACAUUCAGAGCCCACUAGCAACGAAGUCGACGGUUUGGGGCCCCUAUAUUCGUUGAAUAAGCCGCCGGGACACAAUAGAUCCGUAUCGCACGACUCCUACUUCGACACCCUCCAAACCUCCCAGAACAACUCCGAGGGCUCCCUCCUCGACCUCAGCGAGAUCCAGCUCAACUUCGAGCUCGAGGAGUCCGAGAUGCGCAUCUUCUCCGAGGACGAGAGCCUCGUCAGCUCGCCGCGCAUCCAGAAAGACGGCCACCGGCGCGUCCUCACCCGCGCCCGCCCCGAGGAGUUCGGCAGCACGACCAACUCGGGCAACCCCUCCCCCAAGAAGCAGGCCCGCGUCGUCCUCUCGCCGGACUCCAUGUCCAGGAAGCGCACCCGCCUCGAGGACCAGCUCUCCGACAUCCAAUACAUCGACUGCACCACCCCCGACAACAUGGUCUGCACCAUGGCGGUGGUGCACAGCGCGCCGCCGCCGCAAACCGUCCCCGACUCCUACCAACCCAAGAACAAGUCGCCGCGCAACUCGGACAACCUCGACAAGCGGCAGUCGCUGAACCUCGAACGAGACGUCGGCGGCGGCGGGAAAAUCACCAAGUCGUUCACGGAGGUGGACAUCGGGCGGAAGUUCUUGGACGCGUCUAGUUUAGUGGCGACGCCGACGCCGCAGAGUCCGGGGUACCGGCGACUGGAAAGCAGCGCGAAUAGUUCCCCGGAUUAUAGUCCCUCGGAGAUUGUCUACCAGAACUUGGGGGAGAAAAAAGGCCACUAUGAGAAUAUCCUGACGACGAUUAGCAUCACGUAUAAGUCGCCGCCGCGGAGCGUGGAGGCGAGCCCGGUCAAGACCAACGCGGACGCGGUGUACGAGAACGUCAUCGUCAACGUGGAGAAGGCGAUGGUACCCACCUCCACCGCCUCCCUGCCUAGUCAAGAAGCCACCCAGCCAGACAACGAAUUCCUCUCGGAAGCAACCGACGGCCGUCCCAAGAGCCUGAGCGCUUUGGACGAAUCGAGCAACGACUUAACCUUGAAACCCAACUUAAGUUCGAGCGCCAUCUGCGACACCAGCGAGCAACUAAGUCUGGUUAGUUUCACCGACCAGAGUUCGAACCAGUCGUCGCGGUCCAACGUCCAAUACACCCCGAGUCUGAGCUCGGGGGUGUACCAGAUGAUGGAGAACUCGGAACGGAUCAGCCCGACGGAUUUGAGUCUGAGCGAGGUGAUCCACAGCUCUACCGAGAACCUGAGCUCGGCGAGUUUCCCCUUGAGCUACUCGAAGAACUCGAGCCCGAACGUGAGCCCGAGUCCCUUUUUCGAGGAUAGCGCAGAAAUGAAGAACAACAUUCUGGACAAUGAAGACGAAGAAGAAGCGAAGAGUGAGGAUCUGAUUGAGUUUAGCCCGACUGAGACUGACGUCAGUCGGAUUAGUUUGAACGACAAGAGAAAGUCGUCGGAGACGGAAACCAUCGAGGAUAACUUGAUCUACCAGCAGGUCAAGGUAUUCAGGAGGUCCAUCCACGAGGUAAACGCGCUAUUGGAACUAGGGGAUGACGAAAACAACGAAAAGAAGGAGGCGGACGGGAGCAACUACGAUUCGCUCGAGUCGGACGGGCACGUCUACGAAAACAUCAAAGGAGAAGACAUGAAGAACGAAGACCCGAGUGACGAAAUCGACGGAAAAGUGUGCGUGAAAGAUUUGAAGAGUCGGUUUGAAGAUAAAGCAAACCAAGAUAGUACAAAUCCACGUUUGAAGAAGUUCUACGAGAAAGAUAGUUUGCCGCCGUGUUUGCGGGCCCGCAAUUUGAAGAACCAGUUGAAGACGAGGUCGUUGGAUGAAGAGGCUUUUAAGAAGGAGUUCGGCGGUGGCGUUGCCGGUCAACGCCGCAAAAGCAUGGACGAAGGAAUCGGGUUCAAGACGAAUUCGUUACCGAAGACCCUAAACCCACCCAAAGUCAUACCAAUGGAAGACGUAGUCAAACUAAACUCGAUACACAUGGCGCAUAGUACAGAGAACGUGAACUUAACCCCAGAAGAAGAAAUGAAGAAACGUGAGCGAAUCGAGAAGUAUAAAGAAGAGAGGCGAAAGUUCCUACACGAUAAGUACAGAUCUGAGUCGUUCAAGGAGGACAAGGACGUGCUUUUGUCGAAGUUGAAGAUUUUUAAACACCGGGACGAGCGAGCUCCGUCUGAGGAGGGUGAAUCUCAGCUACCGCGCAGCCGCCGAAAAAGCAGCCGAAGCGACGACAGCGCCAUCGACAGUCUCGACGAGGACAAAGGUACCUGUAAUAAAACAAAAUCCGAAAGUUUGAAAUCUCGGGCGGCAGUGUUCGAACAAGUCAACCAAAGACUAAGCACUGAUUACAAUAAGAAUAAGACGAAUCGGACUGAAAGCAAAAAAGUACAAGAGUGCAAGAGUAAGGUGGAGGACUUCGUGAGGGCGAAGAAGGAGGACGACGAGAAGUGCGAGAAGCGCAGGCACACUUUCGAGAGUCGGGAGCGGGAGAGCGAGACGGAGCGGAUGAAGCGGAUCAGUUUGGAGAGCAGGAGUCCGAGAAAGGAGAAAUCGUCGCCUUCGUACUGCAUUAAGGAUAUGAAAGCAAUUUUCGAAUCAAAGUCUAAACAAUAAUGUUAAGUAUUUAUUUUGUUGUAGGCCUAUUGACCAAAUCGUAGUUCACUUUUGUCAAUCAAAUUCGUUGUAAGGAUAUCAAAAGUGACUUUGUAUAUAUUUUUUUAAAGCAUCUCGAAGGGAUAUUACACCAUUGAUUCAACAGUUGCAUUUUGUUUGUUACGUAUUUUGUUUUCUUUUUUCGUAGUUUUAAGGCGAGAGCGUAAGGAGGACUCAUAUUUAUUUUUAUAUGGACGGUUGCAUUGCUGGAUUAUUUUUAAGUUUUUUACUUCAGUCGUUACUUUGAUAUUAAGAAAAUGUGAUAAUCAUUUGAUUGUUUGUUGAUGAAAGAGCAAAUGUUCUUAGAGUAAGGCCUAACGCGUACUUUUUAUAUCUCGCUCUUGAUAGAAAAAUUGCCAAAUUCACUUUCUACGCAUUUUUUUUGGUUUCGUGAAAGUUUUGAUGUGUCACUACGUAGACUGACUUAUUUUACAAGACAUUAUCCAAAAGUUUAUAUUUGUAGCAAAGUAAUUUAACAGAGAUCACAUUAUAUAAGAUAUUUGAAGAAAUUAGAUACGAUAGACAAUAAUGAAUUUUUACAGUAUUGCACUUUACUCCAACUUAAUUUAUUUAUAUUGUAAUAUCAUGUACAUAGUGUAACUAUGCUUAACAUGCGGUAAUUCAGAUUAUGUUAAAAGUAAAAAAUAAAUUAUGUAUUAUUA